CACUGGAUGUGUUGCAUCGCAGGAAAAAGAUGCCGUGCAAGGGCAUGAUUUAGUCGGAAACUUUCCGCGGAAAGUUGGAACAACUUCGUCUCACAGAAACCACAGCCCCCUUUUGCCAGGGGAUCCCAGAAGAAAUGUCCAGACUUUUGAAGAUAUGUUUCUUAUUGAUGUCAGUGAAUCAUGCUGAGAUAGUACACAGUCAGAACGCCGAAGAUUUGCCUCCAUUAUUACACAAAGCUGUGGAGGAAGUAAUAACUGGGAAAUAUCUGAAUGCCAUCCUUGAUAUACUUCAUUUUCAGAGUUCUAAUGUCUGGACAGCAGAUAUGCUUACAAAAGUCAUGGCAUAUUUUCAUGCCCAGGAAGUUAUGUUUACUCUUAGCAGCCUACAGAUGUCCAUAAAAAGUUACCUGAAGAACCUUUUAUACCAGCCUAGGCAACUACUAUCCGAAUUCCAACAGCUUGAUCAGCAGCAGUUCCAAACUGCAAUGAAAUAUCUCUUCAACAGCAAAAAGCACCAUAUUGAAAUGGGAAAUAUUAUUAUUGACUGGGACAAGACUAGAGAGAUACUUUUUCAAAGCCCGGGAGUAAACAGGACCUUGUUCCUUGUAACACUGGAUAAAUGCUUUCUGGCUUUGAGUGCCUUGGACUGUGUGGAUAUCCUAAGCCAGGUUUUGCAUGUGUCAGCAGUGAAUUAUCUCCAACCUGACAUCAUUGGGAGCCUCCCAAAUGUUCUGCAGGAGGAUGCUUUCAGAAACUUAUCAACAGUAUUCAAGGACCUCUAUGACAGAACCUCAGCAAAUACACAGAGAGCUCUGUAUGGCUGGAUGAAGCAGAUUCUACAAACAUCCUAUAACAUGAGUGAUUUCAGUGAAUCAGCUUCUUGGGUCAGUGCAGAAAACUUAUGGAUUUUGGGAAGAUACAUGGUCCAUCUCCCAUUAGAAGAAAUUCUGAAAAUUAGUCUCAAUGAAAUAAGACUAUUUGUUAGCUAUGACAACGCAACAAAGCAGUUGGACACAGUGUAUGAUAUCACACCAGAGCUUGCACAAGCUUUCCUGGAAAGAAUAAAGUCAUCAGGAUUUGAUAUGAGAAACACUUCAACUAUCUACAGGCUAGGUUUAUUGGUCUGCUUUUAUGAUGACAUGGAACAGCUGGAUGCUGCUGUGGCCCGGGCUUUACUUCAUCAAAUGAUUAAAUGCAAUCAGUUGAGAGGUUUCCAGGCUGAGGUUCAGAAGCUCAAAUCUCAGCUCCUGAACAUUGCCAUGCAAAACCAGACAUUGAAUGAUAUCCUUGGAUCUCUGUCAGAUGCCGUGGUUGGACUAACUUCAAGUCAACUGGAAUCUUUGUCACCUGAAGCAGUGCAUACCGCUAUUGCAACAUUAAACCAAGUCUCUGGGUGGGCAAAAAGCCAAGUUAUGAUUUUAUCCAGUAAAUACCUCUCUUACGAAAAGGUUUUAUCAUUUUAUAAUGUUAGUCAAAUGGGUGCAUUGGUAACUGGUAUUAGUACCCAGUCAUUCUACAGCAUGAACCCAAAGGACCUUUCUCAGAUUAUUCGAGGCACAACAUCACAAUACUUAUCUGACUUAUCACCUGCACAACAGCAAGGGAUCCUCAGAAAGAUAGCUGCAUCUGGAGAUUUUUCUUCAUCAGUCAAAGAUAUACAAGGAGCUUUCUUUAAGGAAAUAUCUCUUUCUGAUUUAUGGAAGCAGACUGGAUAUAAUUCUUCAAUGAUGAAAGGAAAAGAACUAAGAAGAAGCCAGGCUUUGUAUCUGUAUGAAUUACUGUCUAAGGAGAGCUAUCCUGUUGACCUUCUAAGCACAGGACAGCUUGUGAAAGGAGUAACUUGUCAACUCAUUGAAAGUAUGGGCACAGACUUUUUUUUAAACAAUUUUAAAUUCUUUGAAAACAAUCUUCAUCUGCUUUCUCCAUAUCAGGUUAAUUGUUUGGCUUGGAAGUUUUGGAAAGUCUCCAGUGUAUCUAUUCCUCCCUUUUUCUUACCGGUGCUUCCGAUUGAGUACCUGGAGUAUGUUUCAGGCCCUCUGUGUGUCCCUUUCAUUGAAAGUUUGGGAAAGACUGAGAUGGACCUUUUGAAUCCAAGCCUUCACAAAAGGAAUGCUGUCCUGCAAAAAGUACAGGAGUGCUUGAACGGCUCUGUGGCUGAUGAAUAUGAUGUUGACCUACUUGGAAAUCUAAUCUGCCACUUACCUCCAGCCUUUCUACAUGGCAGAAUGUCCCUGAAGGCAAUGGCUACAGCCCUUCAUCAAUUCAAACUCUGCCAACAGCUCAGCCACGAUCAGAAGACUGAAAUUAAAUACAAACUCCUUGAGUUAUAUGGCUCCCCAAACAACUGGACAGCUGAAACAACGUUAGAUGUUGGACCAUUCCUAGCUCUGCUGUCAAAAGGGGAAUUAAAUGUCCUUGCUGAAAAGUUCCCUGAUACCAUUUUACAAAUAGCAAAGACAAUUGGACCAAUUUCUUCAUCUGAAGAGCUUCUUUCAGCUGUGUUUGAAUCUGUCUCCAAUGCCACUGCCAACAUCGAAUCAUCUAUCACCAGACCUGAUUGCCUGGGAACCAGAGCUCCUUCCUCAGAUGAAAUUAUUAAAUUAGGAGAAGCAAAUGUCUUUUGGUCAGUCCAGGAACUGAAAUGCAUGGACACAGGGACUUUUGACAAAAAUGUGGAACUUCUUGGGACUAUCUCAGGUUUUAACAGUUCCCAGCUUAUUGUCUUGAAGGAAAAAGCCAAGCAGGUUUGGGGAUCGCUGCCAGACUGGAAGAGUUAUCAUAUUGUUUCCCUGGGCCGCACUGCUCUGGCGCUCACUGAACAUGAAAUCAAAGAGCUGGAUUUGCAUUCUGUCGACACCAUUUCUGUACUUAGUCAGCAAACAGAAUGGACUUUUACCCAGGCAAGAUCUAUAUUGCAAGGUUUUCUAGAAGACUCUGGCCAGACGAUCAGUACACUAAAAAGCUUUGAUUUAGUUGGAUUAGGAGCUAUUCUCUGUGCUCUGAACUCCACAGAAAUAAUGUCCAUAAGGACUGCUGAAUUCAGUGCUGCUGUUGCAAGAAUUGGCCUGUUGUUUUGUAGCACCCCUGUUCUGAGACAGUUUAAGAAGAUGACAGAAUCUGUGUUGGGCACUGCUACCAGCUGGAAUGGCUCUAUUUUACAGGAGAUUGGUACUAUAGCAGGUGGUUUGAAUGAGGAUGAAUUAAAAGCUUUUGAUAAAAACUUGAUGCCGUAUUUCCAGCCAAUAGCAAUAAGAUGUAUACCUCCUGAAAUUUUCCAAGCAUUGUCCCCAGAACAAAUAGCAAACCUGGGCCCUGAAAAUGCCGCCAUGGUUACCAGAUCGCAGCGUGACCAUCUGAGUGCAUCACAGCUCCAGAGCCUUCAGCUGGCACUGGACGGAGCCAGGACAAGCACCCCAGAGACACAGAGCGGUGCAAGCACUACCCAGGCAGUGCAAACACCAGCUGCAAGCGGUGCUCCUUGCCUGAGUGGCUUCAGCAUCUGGUUGUGUGCUGUGUUUACACUGUGUCUGCCUUUCUGAAUCCAUGAUUGUUAAGCUUAAGUGUCCUGGAGCUUACAAAGGAGAUGCUAGAGAUAAAGAGUUGCAGCUCAGCAUGAAUAGUAGAAUCAAGAGGCUUUGAGAUGUCUGAGUGCAAAGUGGUUAAUUUCUGAAAAGCAACAUCUGCCACCGUGAUGUGAAGUAUGCCCUUACUCUGCCUUUACCAUCAACAAGUAAGAUAGGAGCCCUCCAAAUACUUCAGGCAAAUUUCAAAACUGGAAAUAGCUUGUCUGUCUCAUGAGAAAAUCACUGAAAGAUACAUUUACAUGUUAGGGAGGAGCCUUUUAUUUGGAGAGUGAUGUAUUGUACCCAAUGCUUUUUACGUUGGCUAAUUUGGUCACAGUAUUGUAUCCAUCUCUUGUGUUUUCUUCUCAUACUUUGAGUGUACAUUCCUCUGGACAGAGACUAUCCUUCUGUGUGACGUAGUAGGAAACAUACUAAAAGUUACUGCUGUUGCAAUAAAAUAACUUCAUCUCUGGGCUCCUGGUUUAAAUCCUGCUCAGAUAAGAAGGAUGACGUGUUCUUAUAAUUUAAGCACCUGUGUGGAAUGUUCCACAUGGCUGUAUGUAUUCAACACAGUCCUGUUGACACAGAGGGCAUUGGCAAUACUAUGAGUAUGUAAUGCAACAGAAUGCACCAUGGAAACCUGCUUAUGUUCAUCAUGAGGUAGUCCCUUCACUUCAGGUAGGGUUGAACCGUACACCUGGGAAUAUUAAGGGAAAACUCUUCACUGGGUCUACAUACUACUAGGACUGUCAAUCCAGUACUUUUCACAAGCCCUGUAAUAACUAAUUUUUUAUAAUUAUAAAUGACAAAUAUUUUAAUGUGUUUUAUCAACAUAUGGCUUACAUGUCUAUUGUUUUUCAUGCCAUGCCCCGGUAUUUUUAAACAACGGAAAAAACAUACAUUAAAAAUCCUCUGCAUGUGAACAUA